GAUCGAGAUUAAGCAAGACCGCGAAAAGAAAAGAUGAGCUGGAUGUUUUACUUUGCAGUGAUCCUAGCAGAGGCGCUCCUCGAAAACGCAGUCGCGCAAAGCUCCAAGAGUUCUUGCGAAAAGUAUGGGACUGUUUUCUUCCCGGUGCCGAACACACACUGCCAAGAUUUCUCCCAGGAGGCAAUAGAGGGCAGCAGGUACCAGUACAGGCUAAAGAGGUGUGGGAAGCACCUGGCCUUUGACGUCGAAGUAUGCGCCUGUAACUGGAAAACAGAAUUCUCUUGUCCUCUUACUUUCAACUACACGUCUACGCCCAAAUACAUCUCAUGUGUGUCGAAGUGUAUGGGCCUCACUACCGUGGCGGUGCAGAACAUAUUCAGUGACUGCGGCACCAGUGCUGGCUGCUGGGCAGGACAUGGGGGCAGCUACUGCUACUUUAUCUGUCACAUUCGACCAGAGCAACCAGGUGACCAGUGCAUACCUGACUCCGGUCAAGUAUGGAGCGCAUGUGGCUCCGCCUGUACCAAGACAUGCCGCGACCCCAACCCACCUUGCCGUAAUAAGCAGUGUGUAGCAAGAUGUCAGUGCCCGCCAAGCAGACCGCUUUCCUUGGGUGGACAGUGUGUCAGCGCAGCCCAGUGCCCCUCACUCGCGGCGACUAAUUGUACAGUGUUUGGCAACAACUACCUGGUGAUUGCAAAUACCCAAUGCAAGCAGUUUGUCCAAGGCCCGCCAGGUGUCCCCACAACCAAGACGUGCAUACCCGGCAGCGCAUUCGACCCACUGAGGUGCGGCUGCGUACGUGAAGGCACAUUUCCUUGUCCUAAUUAGAAUCAUAAAACCAAAUACCGCACACCUGAUUCAAAAUCCUUCAAUACUGCGCAUGUGAGGAUGAAUUAUAAGUUUGUAUCUAAGAAAAAUGAUACAAACGAUGAUAAAAGAAAAUAGGCCCUAAAUAAAAUUAAAUGAUCUCUACACUAGUAAAUGAUAUUCCCCCUGUACCGGUAUUUAUUUAUUUCACGCUACCUAUACUAUGUACACUAAUGUUUGGCCUGUGGAAAACAUAUCCUAUAUUUUUUUAUAAAUUGAAUGCAAAAUGACACUCUGUGUCUUUCUAACUUCAAGGGCACGAAGUUCUCGCUUGACGUCAUUCUAUUUGGCUUUAGGCCUUCAUUGUUUUAACCAUUGGUACCAUACCAAAACCCUAUAUAAAGGUGCAUUUCGCAAGCUGACAAGUCUAAAAUAUUCAGAAAAAUAAAACUGAAUCAAUUCUAAAUUGUAUUCAGUCUUUUUAAACAUAUGUGAUCAGUUGAUCUAUGUGAGUCUUUAGUGAAAUCAGUCUUAGAAGACAUUUCCUGAAUGUCAUAAAAUACUCUGUGGAAAGUAUUUCCUUAACUUGUUUACUGUUUUGAGCUUAAUGGAGACACGUAGAAUUUCGUGGAAUAAACACACCUUUGUUUAACAUGACACG